GCGGGGCCGCGGGCCGGGCGGGCGCCGCGCGGCGGAGGCCGGAGGAGCCGAGUCGGAGCCCGAGCGCGGCCGCCGCCGGCCGGGCCUCCCCUCGCCGCGGCCAGCCGCCGCGCUCUCGCCCGGGCGCUCAGCUAUGUACUCCCCGUACUGCCUCACCCAGGAUGAGUUCCACCCGUUCAUCGAGGCGCUGCUGCCUCACGUCCGCGCGUUCUCCUACACCUGGUUCAACCUGCAGGCGCGGAAGCGCAAGUACUUCAAGAAGCACGAGAAGCGGAUGUCGAAGGACGAGGAGCGAGCGGUGAAGGACGAGCUGCUGGGCGAGAAGCCCGAGAUCAAGCAGAAGUGGGCGUCCCGGCUGCUGGCCAAGCUGCGCAAAGACAUCCGGCCCGAGUUCCGCGAGGACUUCGUGCUGACCAUCACCGGCAAGAAGCCCCCGUGCUGCGUGCUCUCCAACCCCGACCAGAAGGGCAAGAUCCGGCGGAUUGACUGCCUGCGCCAGGCCGACAAGGUGUGGCGGCUGGACCUGGUCAUGGUGAUUUUGUUUAAGGGGAUCCCCCUGGAAAGUACUGACGGGGAGCGGCUCUACAAGUCGCCCCAGUGCUCGAACCCCGGCCUGUGCGUCCAGCCACACCACAUUGGAGUCACAAUCAAAGAACUGGAUCUUUAUCUGGCUUACUUUGUCCACACUCCGGAAUCCGGACAAUCAGAUAGUUCAAACCAGCAAGGAGAUGCGGACAUCAAACCACUGCCCAACGGGCACUUAAGCUUCCAGGACUGCUUUGUGACUUCCGGGGUCUGGAACGUAACAGAGCUGGUCAGAGUUUCACAGACUCCUGUCGCCACAGCAUCAGGCCCCAACUUCUCGCUGGCGGACCUGGAGAGUCCCAAUUACUACAACAUAAACCAGGUGACGCUGGGGCGGAGGUCCAUCACCUCCCCUCCUUCCACCAGCACCACCAAGCGCCCCAAGUCCAUUGAUGACAGCGAGAUGGAGAGCCCUGUCGACGAUGUCUUCUAUCCCGGGACAGGCCGCUCCCCAGCGGCUGGCAGCAGCCAGUCCAGCGGGUGGCCCAACGAUGUGGAUGCAGGCCCGGCUUCUCUAAAGAAGUCAGGAAAGCUGGACUUCUGCAGUGCCCUCUCCUCUCAGGGCAGCUCCCCGCGCAUGGCUUUCACUCACCACCCGCUGCCUGUGCUUGCUGGAGUCAGACCAGGGAGCCCUCGGGCCACAGCGUCAGCGUUGCACUUCCCCUCCACAUCCAUCAUCCAGCAGUCGAGCCCGUACUUCACGCACCCGACCAUCCGCUACCACCACCACCACGGGCAGGACUCGCUGAAGGAGUUUGUGCAGUUUGUGUGCUCAGAUGGCUCGGGCCAGGCCACCGGACAGCCCAACGGUAGCGGCCAGGGCAAAGUCCCGGGGUCAUUUUUGCUACCGCCGCCGCCUCCAGUGGCCAGACCUGUGCCCCUUCCUAUGCCUGAUUCCAAAUCCACCAGCACUGCCCCAGACGGCGCCGUCUUGACUCCUCCAUCACCUUCAUUCGCAGCGACAGGCGCCUCCUCUGCCAACCGGUUUGUCAGCAUCGGACCCCGGGACGGCAACUUUCUGAACAUCCCACAGCAGUCUCAGUCCUGGUUCCUCUGAUAAGAUCGACAAAAGAAAUGACAAAAUGAAAAGAAGAGGUUCCUCAAACAGGGGGAGAAGAAAUUUUGAGACGUGGAAAAAAAAAUCCCCCAGCCCAGCCCCACCGAAAAGCAAAAAUUAAACGUCGUCAGCCACUCAGCCCUUCUCUCCUCCAGCCCAGGGACCCCUGCAGGCCCCCCGAAGCAGCCCAGUUUUCUGAGAGCCCUCAGAAGAGGUCUCGGCGGGCGGAGCUGUGCACCAGCAGCCAAGCAGAAAGCAACAUGCAAAACGGACUCUGCCAAGCAGAGGGCAGAAAGAAAGAAAGGAUGCAGCCGAACUUCCUCCCCAUCCCAUCCUGGCCUUCCUUCCGGGGAAGGAACUUCAUCCCCAAACAAGUCCACCAGCACCUUGCUGAAGGGGCCUGUCCCCCACCCUUGUCCUUCCUGGGGGAACCCCACCCUCAGCUGGGGUCAGAGCUCCACUAGGGAGCUCAGAGGACUAGCUUGGAAAGAUGAGGGGUGCAGGUCCAGGGGGCGCUCCCCUCCAGAUCCCACCCAGCCCUCCCUCACUGCCUAUUCCGGAGGCGGUGAGGCAGGGCCGCCUCUGCGUCCCCCUGCCCCACCCUUCGGCUAGCAGCCCCAGCCCCUGGACAGGGCGCAUCUCCUGGAGCGAGUUUCCUGCUCCCGGAAUGGAGGGUGUCCCACCACCCUCCCCGGGGCCACAGGGGGAUUCCCAGGACCCCAGACCCCUCUGUACAGUAAAGAGUCAGAUUGCUCUCCAAGGUCCAGUCCCCGAGGGGGACAGGCCCCCUCUUCCCUCUCUUCACAGGCAGGCCCGGGAGGUCGCCCUUCCGCCAUGGCCCCAGUGAGGGGAGACGGGCCCCAAGUCGCCCCCACACCCCAGCCCGCAUGCAGGUGCCCUUGUGCCACCCCAUCGGUCCCUGCCCCUGCCCCUCACGCAGACAGCCCUGCUGUGGCCGGGCGGAGAGUGGAGCAGAAAGGGGACCCGCAGCCAAGCGAGAAGGAAGGGCAGCCGCCACCUGCUCUAGGUAGGCGUCCUGCUGGCCCACUUUCCGUUCCUCUGGAGGGUGUUGGGUGUCGGUCGUCCUUUUUCAAAAGCGUUUUGGAGUUUUCUCUCCCCCCACCCCCACUUCCCCCCCCCCACCCCUUGUGGCCACUUCUCUCUGGAUUUCAGCUGUAAUGUCUUUACUCUUUAUUUUGGGGUGGGGCAUUCAUUGUUCGGGUCUUCUGCUGUUGCAAUUGGGAACUCCUCCUCCAGUUAAGCAGCUUGGGAACAAUUUGGUAACACACCACAGGAGGUAGCUCCCCCCUCCCCCCAACUCCCCUCCUCCCCCAAGGGAAGGUUGGGGACCUGUGCAGAGGGUCUUCAGAAGGCCGCCCUGGGAGGGAGGGGAGCAGGGGCACGCCCAGCGCGAUCCAGGGUGUGACUUGGCCCCUCUGGCUUGUCUUUCUGUGCCUUACUCCCUCCUCCCCGCAUCGCCCCUCCUCGGACCCCUUCUAAGUCCUUGUGCCUCUCUCUCUCUCUCUCUCUCUCUCUCUCUCUCUUAAUUGUGUGAAAACACAAAGCACAGGUCAGGAUCCUCUGGAAGUCAAUCAGCCCGACAUUGCACGCAGGGGUGGGUUAUGGGUUUUAUUUAUUGUGAAUCUAGUGUGUGAGGCUGCGGCAGAGCAGGCGAGGGCAGGAAGGCGGCGAGGGAGCUGGCUGGGAAGGGGCCCGAGGGGGCCAGCGGGUGGCGCCCCCUCCCCAGCUGGCAGCCACGAGGUAGCGAGCCCUUGGGGGUAGCUUCUGUUGGAAGUUGAGCAAAGGCCCUCCUCCCGCCCCCAUCCGCUUGCAGCCCAGGGGAGGACGGGGACUGAGAAGCUGGGGACCGGGGAUCCCACGGGAGCCUGGGGGCGGGGGUCGUGGGGAGUAGGGCGGGGUGGGGGGCCGGGUGGGCCGGGCGUGACGCGCGGUCAAAGUGCAAUGAUUUUUCAGUUUGGUUGGCUAAACAGGGUCAGAGCUGAGAGGGGAGCGGAAGGGACCCCCUGCCCGGCCGCACGUGCCCUCGAAGGCCAUCGGGGCGGCGGGCGGCGGAGCGGCGGGCGGCGGGCGCCACGGGAGCCGGGUCUGCGGGGCGCCCGCCCGGCGAGGUCGGAAGCUGCAGGCCAGCUGGGCCGGGACGGAGCGCGCCCGGGGGGCUCGGGGCGGGCAGGGCGUGGGGGUCGCUCCGUCCCCCAGGGUCGCUGUGAGGCUCAGGCGAGAGGCGGCGAGGCCACAGGAGAUGUGGGGACGUGUUAGAAGAGAAAAACAAACGAAAAAAAAACCCACAAAAAAUAUAUAUGGGGGAAAUGAACUUUUUUUUUUUCAUUGAACCAAGUGCAAUGCAUCAGAGAGUUUUCCUAUCUUUGUAUGUUAAGAGA